CUUUCUUUCUUUCUUUCUUUUUUUUUCGUGUUACCUUUUUCUUCAAACAACUCAUUUUUCUUAUCCAUCAUGUUGCGAUCCGCUGUUCGAACUGUAGGUUUAGCUACUCGCUCUAUGCCUAAAAGAACUUUUACUCAAUCUACCAUUGCUCGUUCUGUGGUACCUUCGUCUCUCCAUACCUUUACAGACGAAGAAUUGAUGUUGAAGGAUGCUGUCUCUCGAUUUGCUCAAGAAGUUGUUAAGCCCAAAGUACUGGAAAUGGAUGAAUCUGAAACGAUGCACAAAACUGUUUUGGAUGGGCUUUUUGAACAAGGUUUGAUGGGUAUCGAAACAGAAGAAGAAUAUGAUGGUGCGAACUGUUCUUUCACUUCCGCCAUUAUUACUAUUGAAGAACUUGCCAAGGUGGAUCCUUCAGUUAGUGUCUUGUGUGAUGUUCAAAACACUUUGGUUGGCACUUUGGUUCGCAAAUAUGGUAAUGCCGAUGUUAAACAACGUUUCCUUCCAAGAUUGGCCACCAACACUAUUGGUUCCUUCUGUCUUUCUGAAUCCGGUUCUGGUACUGAUGCUUUUGCUCUCCAAACUCGUGCUGAAGAUAAGGGUGAUCAUUACUUACUGAAUGGUUCCAAGAUGUGGAUUACAAAUUCCGGUGAAGCUGAUAUCUUUUUGGUGUUUGCUAACGUUGACUUUUCCAAGGGUUAUAAAGGUAUUACUUGUUUCGUGGUGGAUAAAUCUAUGGGCGUUCAAGUAGCAAAGAAAGAAAGCAAGCUUGGUAUUCGGGCAUCAUCCACUUGUGUAUUGAACUUUGAUGAUAUCAAGGUUCCCAAGGAAAAUGUUCUUGGUGAAGUUGGUAAAGGUUACAAGUAUGCCAUUGAAAUUUUGAAUGAAGGUCGUAUUGGUAUUGCUGCACAGAUGAUUGGUCUUGCUCAAGGUUGUUAUGAUAUUGCUUUACCUUAUAUGUUUGAACGUAAACAAUUUAACACUCGUAUUGGUGAUUUCCAAGGAAUGCAACAUCAAUAUGCUCAAAUCGCAGUUGAAAUUGAAGCUGCUAGACUUUUGACUUAUAAUGCUGCUCGUCUUAAGGAAGAAGGAAAGAACUUUAUCAAGGAAGCUGCUAUGGCCAAACUUUAUUCUUCUCAAGUUGCCGAAAAGGCAGCAAGUAAAGCUAUUGAAUGGUGUGGUGGUGUUGGUUUUACUAAAGAAUUAGGUGUUGAAAAAUUCUAUCGUGAUGCCAAGAUUGGUGCUAUUUAUGAAGGUACAAGCAAUAUUCAAUUACAAACCAUUGCCAAGAUGAUCGCUCAACAAUAUAAUUAGAUAUCAUGAUUUUCUUUAUUCAAUAAAAAUUACUUUGUACUUUACAUAUUA